AGUUUUGGAACGCGCGUCGCGUCAAUAAGUCGUGAUUUGUUCGGUCGAUCUGAGGAGUCGCGAGCCUCGCCUCGAGCCUCGAGUCUCUGUCGCUGUUCUUCGUCUUGGAAAUAAUUAAAUUAGAAACGGCUAAAGAAAAUGGACUUUCUACGAUUUGCUCAUUUUGCAUAAUAACAAGCGUGUCGGAACAAGUUACACCAUCCUGGUCUUAUAAAUAAAAACAAAAGCAUAUUUAACAAAAACAGAAAAGGAACUUCGAGUUGGAUGUCAACAAGAUGGCAAAGCUUGAGGUGAUUGUGCAUCCAGUGAGAAAAGAAUUUAGGCGUAAGCGAUGCGGCUUUGAUCAUGAUACUCCCGAUGAUUUUGUCAAAUCACAGUGGCAAACCUGUACAAAGAGCAUUGCAUAUUUGUUCUAUCGCUGGCUGAUGGCCCUCUUCUUCAUUGGCGUUGUCAUUGAGUCCAUGUGGCCGUCGGCGGAUCAUGAGUACAGCUACUGGAUCUACUUUAUCUAUAUGACCAAUUGGGGCAUAUGGAUGUGUAUGCUAACUAAUUUACUCGGCGCUAUACUGGUCACAAUUUGGCAUUAUCAUCCGGAAUAUGCGGAUAAACUGCUUAAUAUGCGGGCGUGGACGAGUCCUUUUCGCAUAUACUGGAGCAUGCAUAUAAUAACGCUGGUAUUAUCGAUAGUCAUAACUAUUAUCUACUGGAGCAUACUCUACAAUGUGAAUGAGAGUACUUUGGAUGCAACAAAUGUGCUCACCCAUGCAUUCAACUCCAUUUGCAUGUUCAUUGACCUGUGGAUUGUGGCGCAUCCGUUGCGAUUGCUGCACGUAUUUCUGCCAGUAUUAUUCGGUAUUACCUAUGCCAUAUUCUCCUACAUCUAUUAUCUGUGUGGCGGCAUUAACAAGAAAGGCAAACCGUAUAUUUAUCAUGUUAUAGACUGGAAUCAGCCACAAAAUGCAUUGAUAACCGUCUUGGGCGUCUUGGUGGUCUCUUGUUGCAUCUAUGCACUGCUCUUUGCCUUCUUCAAGCUGCGUCUCUUUCUCUCGCGUAGCUGUCGCCAGGGCAGCUUUGUACUGCCGACCACAAUCGGCAGCGCCAGCAAACAGUCUGGCAAGGCAGCGAAUGACAAGCUGGCAAUGUCGAACGGCAUUCAGCAUUCACCCUCCCGCAUCUCUAUGGUGCUAGGCAACCACGCUGGCUACGAGAAUCAGGCCUACAGUCCCAGCACCGGAGAAGAGAAGCCAAAGAGCUAAGCUCAUCUCACAUCUGACUGAUAGCUGGAUGGAUAGAUGUAUGUUGGAUUAUGAUGUAAUUUUACCUCAGCUAGAUGACAAGUGUGCAAUUAGCAUUUACCUGAAUGUUGUCUUAGCUUUUUUUGCAACUUUAGUCAAAUUGUAUAGGGGAAUUUUAGCCCAGUGAUAUUGUAUUAUAUUGUAGUUUAUUCUAAGCAAAUAAAUGUUGUGUAUGUAUAUCAAUUGUAUUAUAUAUAAAUAAAUGUGAAUUUUUAAA